CCCGCUCGAUAAAUCGUUUCACAAUUAGACAUUCGGAGUUCAGACUAGGAGUCGUAAACCCUAAUUCUUGUCUUCUCCCGCACGCCGGUGGUGCCAGCCGUUCUCUCUCAAAAUCCUGUGUGAAUUAAGAAAGCAAGGACACCUGUGAUAAUUCAAGGGAUUGUGCUUGAAUUUAAACCAAUAUAACCCAAACCAUCACCGUCCUCCGAUAUUUCUUCGCUCCCCAGCCUCAGCUUCUUCGCGUGCGGCUGCCUGUUGGUACUGUAUGGUAGUUGUCGAAAAUAGCAUGGAAGAGAAGAGUAGUGAAGAGAUUACCACGUUUGCAAGCCUCGGGAUAUGCGAGCAGUUGGUAGAAGCUUGCGACAACUUAGGAUGGAAAAACCCCAUGAAAAUCCAGGCUGAGGCCAUUCCUCAUGCCUUACAAGGGAAAGACUUGAUUGGACUGGCACAAACUGGCUCGGGUAAAACAGGAGCUUUCGCACUUCCAGUGCUGCAAGCCCUGUUGGAUUCUCCACAAGCUUUUUUUGCUUGUGUACUCUCUCCGACACGGGAGCUUGCUCUGCAGAUUGCUGAUCAAUUUGAAGCUUUAGGAUCAGGCAUCGGUGUCAAAUGUGCAAGGCUGAUUGGAGGAGUAGACAUGAUGCAGCAGACUAUAGAACUUGGAAAGCGGCCACACAUCAUUGUUGCAUCACCAGGGCGUCUUGUCGAUCAUCUCUCCAACACCAAAGGGUUUUCUCUCCGGACAUUGAAGUAUUUGGUUUUAGAUGAGGCAGAUAAGUUACUGAAUGAUGAGUUUGAGAAAGCCAUGGAUGAAAUAUUGAAUGUUAUCCCCCGUGAGCGUAAAACAUACCUAUUUUCUGCGACCAUGACCCAGAAGGUGCGGAAGCUUCAGCGUGCUUGUUUAAAAAAUCCUGUAAAGAUUGAAGCAGCAUCUAAAUAUUCGACUGUUGACACACUGAAGCAGCAGUAUCGUUUUAUUCCUGCUAAACACAAGGAUUGCUAUCUUCUAUAUAUUCUGAUUGAGAUGCAUGGGUCCACGUCAAUGGUGUUUACUAGAACUUGUGAUGCAACUCGCUUGUUGGCUUUGAUGCUUCGUAAUCUUGGUUUAAGGGCAAUUCCAAUUAGCGGUCAGAUGAGCCAGUCAAUGAGACUUGGAGCCUUAAAUAAGUUCAAGGCAGGUGAAUGUAAUAUUCUUAUCUGCACUGAUGUGGCUAGCAGAGGACUUGAUAUCCCAUCUGUGGAUAUGGUAAUUAAUUACGAUAUACCAACAAAUUCUAAGGAUUACAUUCAUCGAGUGGGAAGAACUGCUCGUGCAGGACGAUCUGGGGUUGCAAUCUCACUAGUUAAUCAAUAUGAAUUGGAGUGGUACUUACAGAUAGAGAAGCUUAUUGGCAAAAAGCUACCAGAGUUUCCUGCACAACAGGAAGAAGUCCUGCUAUUAUUGGAGCGUGUUUCAGAAGCUAAAAGAAUAUCUCAAAUGAAAAUUAAAGAAACUGGGAAGAAAAGAAGAGGUGGGGGAGAUGACGAUGAUAACAUUGACAGAUUCAUUGGUAGCAAGGACAAGAGAUCAUUCAAAAAGUUGAAGAAAUGAGGUUGGCGUUGUUGGCUGCGAACUUUUUGUUAUUGUUUUUGUGCAUGAUAUCUAUCCAUGACCUUAAGUCAUUCUAACAUUUUGUUCCCGGUUCUGAUGUUUUUUAUCUGCGGGUUUUGGUCGGAUUCUUUGAAAGAAAUUACGAGGUUGUUUUGGGUCUUUAGGAAAUUUCACUCGGGUGAGCCAUACUUUUUUUCUUUCUUUCUUACCCGUGUCGGGCCUGUCCUUAUGCACUUUUUCACCAGGCGAUGGAGUUGCAAGCCUGCAUCUACAAUUUAUGUAGGACUCUCAAGAUGACAUGGGGCUGUCAGAUGGAGAGAUGCAUUGCAUUAGUUGAAGUUCAUGACAAUAAGUUACAUAAGAGUACACUUUCGUCUU